UGUGCUGCCCUCAGGGCUAAGCCCCGCCAGCGGCAGCCUGGCGCGCUCCCCACGCCGAGCUGGAGUGGCCGGCCUCGGGCUCCACUGGGGCCAAGCCCGAGGGCUGAUUCCAGAGCCUGAAAGUGCCAGGGUUUGUGGGGGGUUGUAGGGGCUGUGUCCCCGGCUGGGUGGCCACUGCAGACAUUGACAGGGCACACAGUCCUGGAUGGGGAACCUGUUGUGCUAGGCGCUGUACAAACGCAAAACAAAGAGAUCGUGCCUUCCCCAAAAGAUAUUUGGGAUGCUGCUGUGGGAGCGGAGGGUGGGGUGUGAACAGGGCUGACUCCAGGUACCAGGGCAGGAAGCAGGGUUUUAUAUUGCCACCCCCUCAUCGUGAUAGCUGAGCACCUUCUAUGAACAUUUCAUAGCAGUAAUUAAGUCCUUGAUGGACUUCACGAAGUCUCUGAGGAUUAAAACUCUGCUUGGGGAAAGAUGGGACUCAUCCAGGAUUCCUGAGUAAUAAGAAUGGGUCCAGAUGUACCUCUCCUGAAUGAUUACAAACAGGAGUUCUUCUUGAAGCGCUUUCCACAGACUGUUUUGGGUGGUCCCCGAUUUAAAUUAGGCUACUGUGCGCCUCCUUACAUAUAUGUGAAUCAGAUCAUUCUUUUCCUGACACCAUGGGUUUUGGGAGGAGUAGGAACACUUUUGUAUCAGUUAGACAUUAUGAAAGACUAUUACACUGCUGCACUUUCAGGAGGACUGAUGCUUGUUACAGCACUUAUUCUCCAGAUGACAAAUCUGUAUGCAAGACAGAAAACAGUGACAGUAGAAAGAAUGCAAAUUCAGAAUACCCUAAGGGAUGAAGAUGAGUAUGAAUUUUCCAGCUGUGUGGGUUCAGAGACAGUUAAAUUUAUUAUUCCAGGCAAGAAAUAUAUUGUCAACAUUGUUUUUCAUUCCUUUCUUGCUGGGGUAAUGUGUGGGUUGGGAACUUGGUAUUUGCUGCCAAACAGAAUAACCUUGCUGUAUAGUAACAUUGGAGGAACUGUUGUGAUCUUUGUGUUUGGAUGGGUAACUAUUUGUAUAGGAGAAUAUUCUUUAAUCAUAAACACAGCUAUAGAGACAGCUACUUUUCAGGCGCUGGAUACUUAUGAAAUUACUGCUCUGAUGAGACCGUUCUAUAUUUUUGUCUUUAUUGCAGUGGAUCUUGCACACAGGUUUACUGUUAACAUACCAGUUUUAGAACAGACAAACCAGAUUUUGCACAUCAUUUUUCUAUUUUUGCCAUUUUUGUGGGCAUUGGGGAUUCUGCCCCCACUUGAUGCACUUUUUCUGUGGGGAAUGGAACAAGUGUUGGAGUUUGGCCUAGGAGGUUCACCCAUGUCAAGUAAUACAAGGUUGUUAGUAAUGUUUCUCAUUUCCACUGGAACAGCUAUAGCAUCAUAUUUCAUUCCCAGCACUGUUGGUGUGGUCCUCUUCAUGACUGGAUUUGGGUUCAUACUCAGUCUUAACCUGAGUGAGAUUGGUCUAGCCUUCAAGCACACCAUGAUCAGCCAUUUAGCUUCCAACAAGUCUAAGUCCAGUGGCCCUAGGAUACACUCUGUGUGGAAGGAAUUCUUCUUCUAUUUGACUGUCUUGACAUUGGCUCUCAUAGAAGCCAGCUUGCUGCAUCACUUUGCUGGUUUUUCAGCAUUUUCCAAAGCCAGUCCCCAGGCUAUAGUGAGUUACAUUCUGAUCAUAUUACUUAUAGUUAUGUGGAUUCUUAGAGAGAUUCAGGGAGUGUACUUGUUUGGAGUCUUCCGAAACCCUUUUUAUCCAAAGGAUGUCAGGACUGUGACCAUGUUCAUGGAGACUCAAAGAAGGCUUAUGAAAGUCGGUGUUGUCAGAAGGAUUUUACUAACACUAGUGUCUCCAUUUGCUAUGAUAGCAUUUCUUUCAUUAGACAGUUCCCUACAAAGUCUCCAUUCUGUAUCUAUUUGCCUUGGAUUCACAAGAACCUUUAGAAUGGUUUGGCAAAAUACAGAGAAUGCCCUGUUGGAGAUGGUGAUUGUAUCGAUAGUGCAGAUGUUGCUAUUUAAUACAGAUGUGUGGUGGAACAGAAGCCUUGAUACAGGAAUCAGACUCUUACUGGCUGGUGUCAUUCGGGAUCGAUUACUUCAGUUGAUCUCAAAACUGCAUUUUGCUGCAGCUGUUCUCUUGACAUCAUGGACAGAGAAAAAGCAACGUCGGAAAUCUACUGCCACCUUAAUAACACUCAACAUUGUUUUCUUCCCAAUUGUAUUGGCCUUCAUUGCUGUCUCUGCAUUACUUUCUUCCCCCAUGCUGCCGCUCUUCACUCUACCAAUAUUUUUAAUUGGGUUUCCUAGACCUAUCCGAAGCUGGCCUGGACCUGUGGGUGCAACUGCAUGUGUUUGUUCAGAUACCAUGUACUACCAGCAAGUGGUUCCGAGUCUGGCUGCUGCACUACAGUCUGCACUAGCAUCUGGUAGUCUCGGUCUCUCUUUACCUGGAUCACACUACUUGUGCCGUUUUCAGGACAGACUGAUGUGGAUAUUAGUACUAGAAAGAGGCUUCACAUACUGCUGUGUUAAUAUUAAGGGGCUAGAAUUGCAGGAAACUUCCUGCCACACUGCAGAAGCACACAGAGUGGAUGAAGUUUUUGAAAUGGCCUUUGAACACCAAGAGCAUGCAGAGACUUUCUCUCUCAAUCAUCAUUUUGGAAACAUUUUAACCCCUUGUACCGCUCUACCUGUGAGACUGUAUUCUGAUGCCAGGAAUGUCUUGUCUGGAAUCAUUGAUUCACAUGAGAACUUAAAGCAACUGAAAGAUGAUUUCCUUAAAGUGCUUGUAUGGAUACUUGUCCAGUAUUGCUAUAAAAAGUCAAAAAUGUGCGAGAAGCUGGACAAAACAACCAAGAACAAAGAAUGGUCAUUUCCAUUAACCCAGCCCAAAGCAUUUGACAAUGCAGUAGAAAAACUCAGACCCAUAAAGGAUGAAGAUAGCUUUAGUGUAGAUACAAUUGCAGAUUGGACCGAUGAUAGUGAUCUUUUUGAUCUUGACCCCAGCAGAACAAGAGAAAGAAAAGAAACCGAGCCAUUGGAAGCUACACCAAGAACACUUUUGUCUGUUCCAGGGUCAGUAGAAAUGGAGAGCGCAGUUGGUGCUCUGCAAGAGACAGCACCCGAAGAUAAACUCUACAAAGCUGUUGUGCUUGGACUCCCUGCUGUAGACAAAGGAAAGAAGCAGGAAGUUGUAAGCGUACCUUUAGUUGAAUUUAGCUGCUCUUACUCUGAGUUGCUAAGCAUACCUGAAGAGUGGAGAACUGCACCCAUACCUACUUCCAAACUCAAUGAGAAGAGGCAGAGGUUUCCAGAAGACUGGUACCAUUUUGUUUUGAGUCAACUGGAUUUUUUUCAUUUGAAAGAAAAACCUUCCAAUUUACUUGAAGACAUUACUAAAGACAAAGCUUUGAAAGAGUUGUAUGUCCAUGGUGUAUUGUCUUGUUGUUUUGGUUUGUUUGGACUAGACAAUACAGUUCCUGCUCCUAGUCAUGUAUUUAGAGCGUACACUGGUGGCAUUCCCUGGUGUGUUGGUUUGGAUUGGCUAACUGGAAAACCAGAGCUGUUCCAACUAGCACUGAAAGCAUUCAGAUAUACGUUUAAGCUCAUGGUUGACAAAGCAAGCCUGGGUCCAGUAGAGAACUUCAAAGAGCUGAUUAACUAUCUGGAAGAAUAUGAAAGUGACUGGUACAUUGGUUUAGUAUCAGAUAUUGAGUGGCAACAAGCAGUUUUACAGGAAAAGCCAUAUCUUUUUUCUUUGGGACAUGAUCCUAACAUGGGAGUUUACACCAGCAGAGUGCUUACCCUUCAGGAAUUGUUAGUGCAGGUUGGGAAGCUCAACAACGAAGCUGUGCGAGGUCAAUGGGCAAAUCUUUCAUGGGAGCUGCUGUAUGCUACCAAUGAUGAUGAAGAACGCUACAGUAUACAAGCUCACCCAGUCCUUCUGAGAAACCUUACUGUGCAAGCAGCAGACCCACCGCUUGGCUACCCUGUUUAUUCAUCUGCAUCUCUCCAUGUGCCUUUGUUGUAGGCUGUUGAAAUUGUAAGGUGGUUUUUUUGUAUUUCCUAUCUGUAAGUAGGAACCAAACACUAAUGCUGCAUUUGUACAACUAGAAAUAUGAAGAUCUCAUUGAGUGGCAUUGGAUGGCAGUUACCAAACCAAGGAAACCUAAUUUGCACAGAAAAGGUGCUAGCUGGAGGCAAGAACUUUAGAAUCUGUUUUUUCUCUGCUGCAACUACCUAAACCCCUUUCCCUGUGUGGCUGCCACACGUCUUGAUCUUCACUUCAGAGAAGAGAUACUUAGCUCUGGCCACUAACUGUUGGUGGUGCAUUUUUAUUUUUAUAUAGCUCAACCGGUGACUUGCAUUCGUAGGCAGGUUACAGCUCAUUGUAGUAUAGUGAACUGUAGAGUUGGUAACCAAAGUGUGCAUAUGAAUAUUUAUAUGAAAUUUUUAUUCUGAUCAUUUUGUAUUUUGAUUUUAUUAGAACUUGUUAUGUAUAACUUCAGAUCAUUUUAUUUAAUGUGUAUUACCAGCUGCCCGUUCACAAAGGAAGCCUUGGAGUGUUUCUAUAAAAGUGCACACUAGCUACUCCAAGCUUCCCCUCCUCCAGUGUAAACAAACCAUUAUGGGGCUGUAUGUAGGCAGGGGGGUAGUUCAGGAUGCAGGAGAGCUUCCCCCUUGCAGUCCCCCCUCCCCACAGCUCCCUCCCAAUUCCACCCCCAGCAUUAGCCCUGUGAAGGGCAACAGGGCACUGGACUUCAGCUGGGCAAUCUAGGUGUGUAAAGCUAUUACACUGGAACCUGUUUGACUGCCCAAGCCCUUCAGCAGAGUAGUCAGACUCUUCCACUUUCCUGUGUAGGAACAGGAAGGAGAUGUUCUAGCAGGAGGUGGAGUCCUUGCUGACUUGGUGUCCAAGACAGCUGCGACAUUUAGAACUGAUUACCUGAGCAGAACUCUGCUAAAAGAAGACAGGGCUCGGCUGACAAUUACUUCUCCCUUAUGUAAAGAGGGGAAGUGCCUUCCUCUAAACAAUGCAGGGCUAAGGGGGAAAGCCACAAGCCUGCUGCAUCCACUCCCAUCCAACCUGAUUAGGUGUGCGCACAGCUUAUCCAGCUUCAGUGCUGCCCUUCUAGAGUAGCCCUCACAAGCAAUGAACACACUUUCCCCCUUCAUAGCUUGGUUGAUAUUGGUUCUGAAUGUCAGCCCAUGGUGCAACCAGCUUAUGGGGCAUGAGGCUUUCAGGGUCCAGGAAGGGAAGAAUCUGGGCUGGUGGGUGGGGUCUGUAAGGUGUCAGAAUGGUGGAAAUAGGAUCAAGUAGUUUAUGCUGUGUAGCUGCCCUCCAAAUACAGGGUAAACUCAUGGCAGCAGAAAGAUCACAAUAGGGUUCCUGUCCUCCUAUUGUUUUUAUAAACCUAAAGAAUGAAUUUAUGGAAGGCCCUGCAACAGUAAAGCAGAUAUGUUUACAGA